AUGUCGAGCAAUUCGACGUCGGACAACCGGAGCCACUUGGAUGAUCUGGUCGGAGUGCUCAAGCAGUUUUCCGAGCAGUCAUGCAUUCACGAGCUCCAACGUCUUCUCAAACGUGUGGAGACCUUGCGGACGAAAGUUAGUGAAUACGAAGCCAUAAUUAAGUCACAAGAAACGACGAUGAUGGCGAAGUCGGACGAGGUGAUUAGGCUGAAGAAAGAACAUAAGGAUAGGCAGGAAGAAAACAUUGAAUUUCAUGCCAGCCUCCUCAGAAAGAAAGACGAUGAAAAAUCAGCGCUCAAUCAAGCUUUCACCCGUCAGGAGGGCGAACUUAGUGAAGCGAGGACAUCCGUCCAGAAUUUACAACAGCACAACCAGACGCUUCAAGAACAAAUCAAAGGUCAAGACGCUGAGGUGAAGAAAAUCGAGUCCUCGUUGCGUCAGGCUCGUAGUGAUGUUGAUCGACUGAACAAAUCUCUUAAAGAUCAGAAGGAGCAAGCAAAGUCGAAGGAACAGCAGUGGCAGGCUGAGAAAAAGGCGCACGGGCAAUUCAGGUUUCAGGCAGAGGCACUCAACAUACGCAUCGCUGACCUCGAAGCAGAACUGAAGGUGAGUAACCAGAAAUUAGGGAUGGUUGAUGAGCUUGCACCACCACUGCUUGAGGAUGAUACGGUCGAAAUAAACACAGAAGAGAUGGAUAAGCUUAUGUUGGAAGUGGCUGACAAUGACCAGCGCAGAGAGGCUUUCUUGCGAAGGGUUCUGAAUUCGGUAUCCGAGGAUGUCGAAGAUCAGCUGUUGGAAGAAAGGGUUAAGUUGGUAGAAGACGAAGUAGUGGGAUGCAUCGAACCAUUGCUCAGUGCCGAGCAGAGUCGGAAGUUGAAGAACGAUCUACCUGAUGUGCUCAAGCUGGCCGCGAGUCUGUGGAAGUCCCUUCGAAAGCGACAAAGCUAUUUCACAAUCGAGCCACGACCUCCAUCACAGACCACCACAACAUGGAAAUCGCUAGUGUGGAAUGAAGGCAAGAGGGGGUUUUCGGAGGAAGACACAAAUGCUCCCACAGAUGUCGUGUUCAUACUGUUUCCGCGCGUCGUCGCCAUUGGUCACGAGGGCGAACAAGAAGUGUUCCCUGGCGUUGUGUUGCUCAAAUCCGAAACUGCUGCGGCACAUGCUGAGCUCAGUGAACUGCCACCCGCGAAUCCGACCCUGGCCCGAACUGGAAUUCAUCGGUCAAUGGGCAGAAAACGAGGCACGGUCGACCAAAAAUCACGGCUUGGCUCUUUUUUAGUUCAAAACGGAUCUCAAAAGCCAUCCGAUUAA